AUGGAAAGCAGUGCCAGUACCAACUGGGAGGAAUUCUGCUGCGCAGCAUCCGGCCGCCCACUGUUUUAUCCAGUCGUUACCCUCGAAGGCAUUCCGUACUGCUUCUGGGUCCUUUUCGAGAUGUUUCUCAAAGCCGAAGGGAGUCCAAAGUGUGUCGUGACCGGUGAGCCCAUUGCUUUCUUCCCCUAUGUUUGUGUGGCUUUGCAUCACUAUAUGUUGGAGACCUACAAGAGUGACCUGAAGGGUCGGAAGUCCAUCGAAGAGUCGAUCCUGGCUCGCUACGGCAUGAACGUUCCAAUGGUCACUGAGAGUCCUGAAGAGGAGGGCGAUGAGGGCUUCAUGGAGGAGUUCUCGUGCGCUGUGAGCGGCGAGCUUGCGUACGAGCCCUGCUGCCUCUCCAGCGGAACAAUUGUCAGCGCGCGGAACAUCCCGAGAGGUGGCUUCAAGAAGGACCCGAACCGACUGAUUGCAUGCGCUUUGCACGGCCAGGCACCGAAGCCGAGCAAAGUUCUGGCACUGAUGAUCAGGACAAAAUUCCCGAGCGAGUAUAAGGCUGCUGAGACCAAGGCGAACAGCUCAGGUGUGGAAAUGAUUCAGCAGCCGGUCUUCCGAGAAUUUGCCGUCGACGCGCAGGUCCACUUUGGCCUAGGCUGCGACGGCUGCGGGCUCUGGCCCAUCCGUGGCCCGGCUUACGAGGACGUUGAUAUCAGGAGUUCUGUGGGAUUCCACGUAUGCUCGCUCCUUAGUACCCCUGUCGUCUCCUGUUCGGAUGCAUUCCGUGUAAGUUGUGGUGGUGCCUCGGCUCUUCAAUGCGCGGUCGCGUUUGAAGCUUGUUGUUUUGUUGUAAAGGUGUUUGUGUGUGUGUGUGUGCGCGCGCGUGACACGAACGAGGAUGUUGGCCAGGUAAUAAUUCGGUGCCUACUGGGUCCAGGAAGAGGAUGGGGACCGAUCGCAGCAGGAGCCACGACCCAGCAACAACAAGAUCCGCAGCAUUGGCAUGACUAG